AUGGCUGAAACAGGACUCCCCUCCGGCUGGGAGGUACGACAUUCAAACUCCAAGAACCUUCCAUACUACUUCAACUCGAUCUCGAAGGAAUCACGAUGGGAACCCCCGGCCAACACCGACACGGAGAAGCUGAAGGUGUACAUGGCAACCAACCACAGCGGACCGGCGGCAGCAGAUCGCUUCGGGGCCGGGGGACAGACCGAGGGCAAGAUCCGGGCGAGCCACCUGCUCAUCAAGCACCGGGACAGCAGACGGCCGAGCAGCUGGCGAGAGUCUGAUAUCACACGGUCGAAGAGCGAGGCAAUUGAGAUACUGCGUGGUCACCAGAAGCGUAUCCAGUCCGGCCAAGUUUCACUCGGCAAUAUCGCGAUGUCAGAGUCGGAUUGCAGCAGUGCUAGGAAGGGAGGCGAUCUGGGCUUCUUUGGCCGGAACGAGAUGCAGGCGGAGUUUGAGCAGGCCGCUUUCGCAUUGAAGGUCGGCGAGGUAAGUGAUAUAGUGGAAACGGCCUCGGGGGUUCAUUUGAUCGAACGCGUUCAAUAA